AUGGGAAGUAUAGGAAUCCAGCCUUUUCAGACGACAUUUGCCGUUCCGCUCCACUGCGAAUCCUGUGUAAAAGAUGUCUCUGGGAUCUUAGAAAAGGUCGAAGGCAUAACCAAGAUCGAAGCCAAUCUCAAAGACCAACUUUUUUAUAUUGAAGGGACGGCCGCCCCUUCAUCAAUUGUAUCAGCCAUCGAAUCUACCGGACGAGAUGCCAUCCUGCGGGGGAGCGGAAAGUCGAAUUCGGCGGGAGUGUGCAUACUAGAAACUCAUGCAAAAGCUGUGUCAGAUCCAGUCCGAGGCCUGGCACGGAUGGUUCAAGUCUCUGACAAUCAUACGCUCGUGGACCUGACGUUGCGUGGUGUAUCACCGGGAACAUAUCAUGCCACGGUGCGGGAGACAGGAGAUAUUUCACGUGGGGCGGCUUCUACGGGUGGAAUCUGGGAAGCAAUCAAGGCUCUGGCUGGGAGCUUCAGCCAGCCUCGUGGGGUGUUUGGGACCGUCCAGGUGGGUAGGGAUGGCCGAGGCAGCGCAUUUUUGGACCGACCUGUGUCGAUUUGGGAAAUUAUCGGUCGCAGCAUGGUCGUGUCGAAACAACAAGAGGGAGCGUUUCAAACCGAGGACCCUGAUACCCUGGUCGGGGUAAUUGCUCGCAGCGCAGGAGUCUGGGACAACGAUAAGACGGUGUGUAGUUGUUCGGGGAAGACGAGUGUGUGGUGCGGACUUUUCCGUAUGCAGCAAUUGUUCGGUAGCACUCGAUAG